AUGAAUCCGAAUACUACGAGUUGGAAUAGUACAAGAAGUAAAUCAAGUAGUAAAAGUAGUGAAAAUUCUAGAACUACUGAUAAAAAAUCGAUUAAAUCUCUUCAUUUAUCUCAAUCAACUUCUCCCGAUUUUACUCUUGAACAAGAUAUAUUUGAUCAAAAAUGGUUAGAUGAUUUAGUUCAACAUCGUUAUGUAAAAUUUAUUCCGUUUGAAGAAUUUGAAGAUCCAAAAACUGUUUCCAAUGAAAUUAAUGGUGAAGUUAAAUCUUUUAAAAGUUUAAAAUGGAGAAAGAUGAAAAAACGUGUGGUCGUUAAAGAAUUACAAAAUAUCGGUUCAUUAUCUGAAAAUUUGAGGAAAUCUUUUGUUAAAGAGCUACAAUGGCAUUUAAACGUCGAUUUUAACGAACGAAUAAUUCGUAUUUCUGAAUCACCUGAAUCAAUAUAUAUUCUAGUAUUACAACAUGCUGAUGGUGGUUCACUACAAGAUUAUUUAUCAAAAAACUUUAAAAAACUAGCGUGGAGCGAUAAAUUAACGUUGGCCAGAGAAAUUGCUGAAGGGUUAGGAUAUUUACAUACUAAUAAUAUAGUUCACGGAAAUUUGAAUUCACGAAACGUAAUGUUCAUUCAACAAAAAGUGAAAUUAACAGAUUUUGGCAUAACUCACACAAUGGUCUCACCUCCUCCUUCAAACCCUAUUACUAAUAUUCGAAAAAUAUCUUAUACAGAUCCACAAAUUUUAAGCGUUUAUUUAUCAACUUAUAAUAAUUCAUCACAAUCUUCUCCAAUUCAAUACCCCGAUUUUUCUCAAAUUCAUUCUUCUUAUUAUAAUUUACAAACUCAAAAAUCUGAUAUAUAUAGUUUAGGUGUUAUAUUUUGGGAAAUAUCUUGUGGUCGUAGUCCUUUUUCGGAUCGUAAAAAUCCUCCUCCACAAGAUUUAGCUAAUGCUAUUACAAAAGGUUUAAGGGAACUUCCUACAAAAGAUGUUCCUAUUGGUUAUUUAAAAUUAUAUACUUUAUGUUGGGAUAUGGAUCCUGAAAAGAGACCAGGAAGUGAGAAUGUAGUAACUAUGUGUAAAGAAUUAAUAAAUAAUGGCGACUCUACUAAAGGUGUACUUGAAAAAAAUAGAAAAAGUAGUGUAAUGAAUAAAGGUAUUGAAGAAGGAAACGGAAGUAAAAUGCCAGAACAGAAUUCGAAAAGAAUGACAAGGAUAUCUGAUAUUGAUUGGACAGAUUUACAAAGGGAUGCUUUAGCAGCAGAAUUAUGGCUACAAAUUGAAGAAAAACGACGAAUGGGAUUAAUCGAAGAAGGUGAUGAAUAUUAUGGUCAAGGUUAUGGAUAUACGUCAAUUGAACAGUCUGCUGGUCAACAAAUUGAAGACGAAAAACUACAAAAAGAGAAAGAUAUAUCAUCAGGAUCUCAACAAAUUCGACAAAGUCAGGACCUAGAAUCUCAACGAAUGAAAGGUCAAAAAUGGAAAGACAAAGCUAAAAAACUUGUGAAGAGACUUUCAGGAGGACGAAAAUCUCGAAUUCAAGACAACGAUGACCAAUUAAACAUAUAUGAAGAUGGAUUAGACGAGGAAGAUGCUGCAGCUGGAUGGACUUCUGUAAAUAUAG